AUGUCUAGCGGCACCGGUGGUGUAGUGAUAUGUCGGAAUCGGAGUUGGAAUCGGAGUUGGAAUCGGAGCCGUAAUCGGAGCCGAAUCGAAGUCGGAAUCGAAGUCGGAAUCGAAGUCGGAAUCGAAGUCGGAAUCGAAGUCGGAAUCGGAGUCGGAAUCGAAGUCGGAAUCGAAGUCGGAAUCGAAGCCGGAAUCGAAGUCGGAAUCGAAGUCGGAAUCGAAGUCGGAAUCGAAGUCGGAAUCGAAGUCGGAAUCGAAGUCGGAAUCGAAGUCGAAAUUGGAGCCGGAAUCAUAGUCGGGAUCGGAGUCUCGGAAUCGAAGUUGGAAUCGAAGUUGGAAUCGAAGUCGGAAUCGAAGUCGGAAUCGGAGUUGGAAUCGAAGUCGGAAUCGAAGUCGGAAUCGAAGUCGGAAUCGAAGUCGGAAUCGAAGUCGGAAUCGAAGUCGGAAUCGAAGUCGGAAUCGAAGUCGGAAUCGAAGUCGGAAUCGAAGUCGGAAUCGAAGUCGGAAUCGAAGUCGGAAUCGAAGUCGGAAUCGAAGUCGGAAUCGAAGUCGGAAUCGAAGUCGGAAUCGAAGUCGGAAUCGAAGUCGGAAUCGAAGUCGGAAUCGAAGUCGGAAUCGAAGUCGGAAUCGAAGUCGGAAUCGAAGUCGGAAUCGAAGUCGGAAUCGAAGUCGGAAUCGAAGUCGGAAUCGAAGUCGGAAUCUAAGUCGGAAUCGAAGUCGGAAUCGAAGUCGGAAUCGAAGUCGGAAUCGAAGUCGGAAUCGAAGUCGGAAUCGAAGUCGGAAUCGAAGUCGGAAUCGAAGUCGGAAUCGAAGUCGGAAUCGAAGUCGGAAUCGAAGUCGGAAUCUAAGUCGGAAUCGAAGUCGGAAUCGAAGUCGGAAUCGAAGUCGGAAUCGAAGUCGGAAUCGAAGUCGGAAUCGAAGUCGGAAUCGAAGUCGGAAUCGAAGUCGGAAUCGAAGUCGGAAUCGAAGUCGGAAUCGAAGUCGGAAUCGAAGUCGGAAUCGAAGUCGGAAUCGAAGUCGGAAUCUAAGUCGGAAUCGAAGUCGGAAUCGAAGUCGGAAUCGAAGUCGGAAUCGAAGUCGGAAUCGAAGUCGGAAUCGAAGUCGGAAUCGAAGUCGGAAUGGAAGUUGGAAUCGAAGCCGGAAUCGAAGUCGGAAUCGAAGUCGGAAUCGAAGUCGGAAUCGAAGUCGAAAUCGGAGCCGGAAUCAUAG